AUGCAGUUAGGUCUACCUGUUGAUGGUGAGGUUCUCGCUGGCCACGUAGGGACAACGAAAUUCAACAUCAAGUUGAAGUGGCUCAGGACUCGUCUUCAGCAGAUGCCAUUUGACUUAGAAGAUAAUGGCCUCAUACAAUAUGCACGUUGUUACAUACUUUACUUGUUGGGAGGCGUGCUUCUUCCGGACAAGGCCAACAACACGGCGCAUGUUCGACAUCUGCCGUUAUUGGCUGACUAUGAUGCCAUCCGUACCUACAGUUGGGGUAGCGCCGUGCUCUGUUGGUUAUAUCGUGCUAUGUUCCUAGCAACAGAUUACAGUGUUGAGGGUAUAGCCGGGUGUCAUACAUUGCUUAUGUCGUGGAUAUACUAUAGAUUACCUUUCUGGGCACCGAAUGUCAUGACACCAUACAGUUUUCCUUUAGCCACGAGAUAUGUGGGCGGAGAAAAAGGACAAAAUGACUAUGCUGAGCAGCACCUACUGAGGCACCAUCUGAGGUUGGACAAUCUGCAGGUGGAUGAGCCGUACAUGGACCCCCGAAUUCUGUCUAGAGUUCUGGCUGAAUUUCUCGGCCACCCACAUGGAGAUUUUUAUACCGCAAUUGUGCCUCUCAUAUUUUUCAGGUGGAUUGAGAUCUUAAAUGUUGACCGGGUGUUGCGUCAGUUUGGAGGAAAGCAAGGACCUCUGAACCCUCCGCUUAAUAUUGAUACCUUUCAUCGACAAUCGGCCCGCAAUGAUGACGGAUGGUGGCCAGUUCGACUAUUCGAGUGGUUUGAGGUAUGGGCUAACCGGCGCACUGAUGCAUAUCGGCUGCGGAUUGAUCAUGUAGAUACAUUGCGUCCCAACCAAGAUUACUAUAGGUGGUAA